GUCGGCUGUACAUAACCCAUGCCUGGAAGGAAUUUCCAAUAAAGUCAGGUGACUCCCCCUGGCUGGCAGCUCACUUCCCUGCCCUCCCCAAAUCCAUGUACUGAGGCUGGGCUUUCGAACCUAGGCUGCAUCGAAGGGAGCAAACCAGGCUGACCAGCACCCUGACAAACUGGGAUACUCAUACAAAAUCUCACUGCUGGGGUAAAUGCCCUGCCAGCCAGGCAGGCGCUGAUGGUUGGCAGAGACGUUCUCUAUGGUGCGCUGAGAAGCCCGAAGACCUAUACGUGGUAAAGCAACAAAGAUCUAGGCUCCCCCUGGGGCUGACAAACCCAAGCCCAUCUUCUGGUUGCUUCCCUGCAACACACCCCGGUUCACUGCUACUAAAAAAAAGAGGGCACUUCCAUCAAGGAGUGUGUUUCGCCUCGGCCCAAGUACGAGUUGGACCACGGGUCUCCGGACAGCAUGGUGGUGCAGAAUAAGCUGGACACGGGGGACCCCAGGAGAGCAGUCCUUUUGGAACCAUUCAUCCAUCAGGUUGGGGGCCACAUGAGCAUGAUGAAAUAUGAUGAGCACACCGUCUGCAAACCCCUCAUCUCCCAGGAGCAGUGGUUCUACGAGUCGCUCCCCACAGCCAUUAAGCAGUUCACGCCUCAGUACAAAGGUAUCAUCUCAGUGUGCCUCAGAAAGGACAGCUUGGGCAACCUAGGCCUGAUAGCCAGCCCCAGCCUGCCGACCGACAACUGCAGUUCCUUGGAUAAGGAGCAUUCAGUGAUGCUAUGUCAGGAGAUCAAGCGGACGUCCACCACCAGCAGCGAGCGCUUGUUUGUCAAAUGGAGUCAGGCACCUUUCACAAAGACCAUCAAAGACAGCGGCCCAGGGAAGGCGCUCCUGAGGACGGAACUUCAGUACCAUACGGACGUCUCUUCGCUCAUGGAGGAUACAAAUGGGAACCAGCCAGAAAGAAAGAGCUAUAACCCCUGGGGACUGCACUGCCACCAACUGCACCUGAACCGCAUGUCCUCCAAACUUGAUGAGAACAAACUACAUCAGUUUCUGUUGCUUGAAAACGUGGUGUCAAAGUAUCAAUAUCCCUGCAUUCUGGACUUAAAGAUGGGAACCAGGCAGCAUGGAGAUGAUGCAUCAGAAGAGAAGAAAGCACGCCACAUAAUGAAGUGUGAACAGAGCACUUCUGGAUCUCUUGGAGUUCGCAUCUGCGGAAUGCAGGUAGGGCGGCCUCUUGACCCCUUCAGUAUUUCUCAAAAAGAACAGGAGUACUUGUGGCACCUUAGAGACUAACAAAUUUA